AUGGCUUCUUUCUUGGAGAGUUCAUACAGUUUGGUUCACCAGGACAAUGCCGCCGAUGUCCCUACCAUGUCCGAGCUGCGGACGCAGCUGGAAAAGGGAACUGAUGAGAGCAAGGUGGAAACGAUGAAGCGCAUUUUGACAAUCAUGCUGAAUGGGGACCCAAUGCCUCAACUACUCAUGCACAUCAUUCGAUUCGUCAUGCCGUCAAAGCACAAGGCUCUCAAGAAACUAUUGUACUUCUACUACGAAAUAUGCCCGAAGCUCGAUGCCAGUGGGAAGCUGAAGCAAGAGAUGAUUCUCGUGUGUAACGGUAUUCAGAACGACCUUCAGCACCCCAACGAAUACAUUCGAGGUAAUACCUUGCGCUUCCUAUGCAAGCUUCGAGAAACAGAGCUCAUCGAACCACUCCUCUCGUGUGCCCGCUCCUGCCUCGAGCAUAGACAUGCAUAUGUCCGAAAGAAUGCUGUGUUCGCGGUCGCCUCCAUAUUCCAACACUCCGAGAGUCUCAUGCCCGACGCACCAGAGUUAAUAGCGACCUUCUUGGAGACCGAGACAGACCACACUUGCAAGAGGAAUGCAUUUGCGGCUUUGGUUAGUAUUAGCCAUGACAAGUCUUUGGCAUACCUUAGCAGUGUUUUCGAUGGAAUCCCAAAUGCAGACGAACUUCUACAAUUGGUUGAGCUGGAAUUCAUCCGCAAGGAUGCUAUUCAGAACUCGCAGAAUAAGGCUCGGUAUUUACGUCUCAUUUUUGAUCUCUUGGAAGCUGGUGCAACAACAGUGGUCUAUGAGGCAGCCUCGUCCUUGACUGCACUGACGAGCAAUCCGGUGGCUGUAAAAGCUGCCGCCGCAAAGUUCAUCGAAUUGAGCAUCAAAGAAGCGGACAACAAUGUCAAGCUGAUUGUACUUGAUCGUGUGGAUGUGCUGAGACAGAAGAAUGAGGGUGUUUUGGACGACCUCAUCAUGGAAAUUCUGCGGGUUCUUUCGAGUCCGGACAUCGAUGUGCGAAAGAAGGCCUUGGAAAUCGCAAUGGAAAUGGUCUCCAGCAAGAACGUUGAAGAAGUUGUGUUGCUUCUGAAAAAGGAGCUUUCCAAAACUGUGGAUCAGGAGUUCGAGAAGAACAAUGAGUAUCGCCAAUUGCUCAUCCACUCGAUUCAUCAAUGCGCUAUCAAGUUUUCCGAGGUAGCUGCAAGCGUUGUAGAUCUUUUGAUGGAUUUCAUUGCGGACUUCAACAACACUUCUGCUGUUGAUGUAAUUUCUUUCGUGAAGGAGGUGGUCGAGAAAUUUCCCAAAUUGCGCCCUUCCAUUGUCGAGCGUUUAGUCUCGACUUUGAGCGAGGUACGAGCCGGAAAGGUCUAUCGAGGUGCCCUUUGGAUUGUUGGAGAAUAUUCUCUUGAAGCCAAUGACAUUCGAGAUGCUUGGAAAAGAAUACGAGCAAGCUUAGGCGAGAUUCCAAUCUUGGCAUCAGAGCAGCGACUCCUGGACGAGGUUGCGGAUGGCCAAGAAUCAACCAAGGAGCCAGAACAAGUCAACGGACAUUCCAAAACUGCGCCAACUGGCUCGAGGAGGGUACUUGCUGAUGGUACUUACGCCACAGAAAGUGCUUUGACCAGCCAGUCGGCAGUUGCUGCAAAAUUAGAAGCUGUCAAGGCAGCACAAAAACCACCUCUUCGUCAACUCAUCCUCGACGGCGACUAUUACCUCGCUUCCGUACUCUCAUCCACUCUCACAAAGCUUGUCAUGCGCCACUCGGAGAUUUCGCCUGACAAAGCACGCACGAAUGCCUUACGCGCCGAAGCCAUGUUGAUCAUGAUCUCUAUUAUCCGCGUUGGCCAAUCGCAGUUCGUCAAGGCACCUAUUGAUGAAGACUCCGUGGACAGAAUCAUGACCUGUGUCAGAUCCCUUGCGGAAUUUGCUCAAAACAAGGAUCUCGAGACCGUGUUCUUGGAUGAUACACGCAAGGCUUUCCGUGCAAUGGUGCAGGUGGAAGAGAAGAAACGAGCUGCCAAGGAAGCCGUUGAGAAAGCUAAGACUGCAGUCCAAGUUGACGAUGUUGUCUCAAUUCGGCAAUUGGCAAAGAAGAACGCCGGCGAUGGUACUGAUGAGAUUGAGCUUGAUCUUGAAAAAGCUACAGGCGGAGAUUCGGCUGUCGAAGAUAUGUCGUCAAAACUUAGCCGAGUCGUUCAGUUGACCGGCUUCUCAGACCCAGUUUAUGCUGAGGCAUAUGUCAAGGUCCACCAAUUCGAUAUUGUGCUGGAUGUUCUCUUAGUAAACCAGACAACGGAGACUCUCCAAAACCUCUCGGUUGAAUUCGCUACUCUGGGCGAUCUGAAGGUUGUCGAACGACCAACUACUCAAAAUCUCGGUCCACACGACUUCCAAAAUGUUCAAUCUACAAUCAAAGUCUCCUCCACAGAUACUGGGGUUAUCUUUGGGAAUGUUGUUUAUGACGGUGCCAGCUCUACCGAGAACAAUGUUGUCAUUUUGAAUGAUGUCCAUGUCGAUAUCAUGGAUUAUAUCCAACCUGCAAUCUGCACAGAAACUCAAUUCCGCACUAUGUGGACCGAGUUCGAAUGGGAGAAUAAGGUCAACAUCAACUCCAAGGCCAAGUCAUUGCGGGAUUUCCUCACACAACUUAUGGCGUGCACAAAUAUGAGCUGUCUAACCCCCGAGGCUUCGCUGAAGGGCGAUUGCCAGUUCUUAAGUGCAAACCUCUAUGCUCGAAGUGUUUUUGGCGAGGACGCACUGGCGAAUUUGAGCAUCGAAAAGGAGGGAGAGGAUGGUCCAGUGACUGGAUUUGUUCGUAUUCGCAGUAGAUCACAAGGUCUCGCUCUCAGUCUUGGGUCGCUUAAAGGUUUGAACAAGGUUGGGGAAGUUGCUUGA